GUUACUUUGGAUAAUAGUAAAGGUUAUUGGAGCGCGCUCCUUGAAUAAGACGUGCUACUUCUGUAGCAACAUCCUCACUCUUUCAAAUAUACAGGACUUGUGGGUCUGUUAGGUGAUUGCUGUGAAGCCGAAUAACCCGAAAGUUACAGUAUCUUCUUGAAACCGAGGAUAAAAAAGCUGGUUGUAGUGGUAAACAUCGAAGAAAAAUUGAACUGGCACACUGGAUGACUUCUAACCUUAAUUGAUUGGUUCAUUAAAAUGUCACCUGUUGAACGGCAAAGUGACUCAGAUAUCUCUGCCUUGUACAACCUAAAGUCAAAGACUGGAGAACAUUUUACCUUUAAAUGUUCUGUCCUUAGUAUAGCGUUGGAGUCAAUUAUUAAUAGACUUGGUAAGGAGAGCGAAGGACGUUUAAUUACUGUAAUCGGUGACUGCAGCAGACAGGAUCCGGAGUUUCUUUUCAAGGUAACUUACCAUCCUCAUUUCAUGCAUCUUAGAUCGCAUUUUAUUGUCACAAACAUUUAAACAUCCAAAAGAUAACUAAUUUGUUAUUUUCAAGUGCCUGCCUCUAUGCAGAGUGUCGGGUUUUCCUUACGAAGUAUUUUGACGCGUGCAUUAGUUCACCAAUGGAUUGGAUAAAGGUUGUCGAAUACUAUGCAUUAUUAAGUAAUGAUUUCAGUCUUAAUAAAAUGCCGAAUGCAUUAAAAAGAUGUAUGAUCUCAAAGUUUACUAAAUUUAGUCCGUACGACCUAGCACAAUGCAGGCGCAAAAUCAGAGCUGAAUGUGCUUCUGAGUGCGAGAUGGGUUCAAAAACUGCAGGUGAUAAAGCAGUGGAUUACCGCUAUGGAAAUUUUCUAUCAGUACAGGGAGACAAAUCUGCGAACAUUUUCACUUUGAAAGACAUCGUCCGCAAACUACAUAUACGGAAACCUGCAUUCAGCGUCAUGUGCAUUCUUGAAAAGAAGUAUCCCUCAAAUUUUGAUGAUUUUAUACAUACGAAUUUGGAUGGUGACUGGGAUGCUUCGAAGGCUGGAUUACGUAUGAAACUUCCUAACCACCCAAAAUCAGCUCUUAAAAAUGUUAGUACUUGGAGGAAUCUUAUAGCCUGUGGAGAGCUUGGACAUGAAAUAAUUCUACAAAACAUAGAAAGUAUAUUAGAUUCACACCUUUCUGAAGCAGAACAUGAAAUUAUUCUCCAGAUUUUGUCAAAACAAGUGAGUUUUUUCUUAUCGAAAGACUGUCUAUGGGUUGUAAUUUUCUCAUUUCAUUACUAUUUAGUAUGUCUCUUUGGUUUUUGUUAGCAGUUGUUUUCUUGCGUAAUUACUAUUCUGUUAACCACUUGUGCCUUACGGCAACUACUU